CCUUCGUCGCCGGGCAUCAAUUGCCCUGGAAAGCAAGCGUAUCCAUCUCGCUUCUUCAUCGGCAACAGCUUCGGAGCUCUCAGGUCGAAGCCAUUGGGGCCCCUUGGGCAUUCAUUCCUCAGCGGCCCUCCCGAGUCAUUCCUGUUUCUACUACCGUCUCCGUCAGGGGAGCACUGACAAAUUGGGGGCCCGGCUCCCCAGGCAGGAGCCGAAGCGCAGACACCCUUCUCCAGGCAAUCUCCAUUCUUGUCGCGGUCGCAUCCCGGUCCAAAUGCCGGGUGAGGAAUCACCGGCAGACGGGCGACAUCCACACGCGCCGACCCCGUUGUCCGAACGGCCCUAAGGAUCUUGCAUUAGGGAGGCAUCCUUAAAAUGCAACCUUGCCCCCAGCCAAAUCGCGCACUUAGUGCCUAUUCUUGACCUUACACUGUCCACCGUUCUCUGCUCUCUACCACCGCUCCCGUCGCCAGCCCCAUCUUACCAGGAACUCCGAUCAUCUGGCGUGUACGACCAGGCUCAGCUUCACUGUGUCACGCCGCCUCGCAACGCCCCAUGCAUCAUAUCUCCGGCCUGCAUCAUGAGCGCGUGCUCACUAGCUGACACUUCACCUCGUAUCAUCACCGCUUCGUGGCGUAAGAGGCCGUCGAUGACCAGUCAAUUCACCUAAGUGACAACAACAAUGCCGUCCGCGGUUACUUCGACAACGCCAGUCAGCCUGGAUCUGAUGGAGAUGCAGCGCUGGGCCUACAUCCCAGAUGUGCCUCAUGAUCUUGGUCCCAUCCGCGAUUUGCUUCGCACCUAUGGCAACAUCGCCAAUGAAGACCUAGAUGGUCAUCUGCUGCGCGUGCGGCAAGAAGCAUGGGCCAUUUCCCGGUACCCGUUUGUUGGUCGAUGGAAGUUUCUCCGACUGGUUGACAGUCAGGACCCUUGCUACCGCCAGAUUGUCUUCAGACUCAACGUGCCAGGUUCCAGAGACGUCUUUCUGGACCUGGGAUGCUGUGUUGGCCAAGUUCUGAGACAGCUUCGGGCCGACGGAGUCCAAGGCUCUCAGCUCAUCGGCACAGACGUUCUCCCCAAAUUUAUUGACAUUGGCUACGACCUUUUCCGCGACAGGGAUAGGCUUGGCGCCUCUUUUGUCGUGGGCGACAUGCUUGAUCCAGACGAUAGCCGGCUGGACGACCUGCGGGCCCGGGUGACCAUUAUUUACGCAGGCAGUUUCUUCCAUCUCUUCAACUGGACGCAGCAAUUAUAUAUCGGCAAGCGUCUAGUAGGGUUUCUCAAACCAGGGACGCGGAAUGCCCUUAUAUAUGGCAGACAUGUUGGGACGUCAAAGCCGGAAGCCAUGUCCACGGGUCCGAACUCAGUAUACCUGCAUGACAGGAGCAGCUUCCAGAGGCUGUGGGACGAUGUUGGGAUGCUCACUGGAACUAAAUGGGAAGUCGCCAUGGAGGCAAGCAGAGAAGGUCCGCGUACGAUGGAGAGUCUUGGGAAAAACUCACACCCUGUUACAUUCAUAGUGUACCAAAUCUCGUGAGCAUUAGAGUAGCCGCAAGGCACGAACUAUGUUACUAU